UCUCGUUUUUCUUUUAGCGGGUUCCAAGUUGUAGCUCUGUCUUCUUUCUUUCUUUCUUUCUUUCUUUCUUCAAUCAUUCUCUCAUGGUGUCUCCCCUCGCAUCACGCGUCAUCUCGUCUUGCUUCUGUUGAUAUUUUUCCUUGUGUAAUCGAGUAGAUAGAUAGAUCUAGGGGAUUUGAUCGUGUUGUUAAUGGUGGAUGUGGAUUGAGAUUUUUCGUCUUGUGGUAGGGAAGAAAUACAGAGAAUGUCGAAGCUGUACGUUCAUGCGGUGCCCCCGCCAGAUCUGAACAAGAACACGGAGUGGUUCAUGUACCCCGGUGUAUGGACCACGUACAUCUUGAUCCUCUUCUUCUCGUGGCUCGUGGUGCUUUCCCUCUUCGGAUGCACCCCUGGCAUGGCGUGGACUAUUGUCAAUCUUUGCCAUUUCGUCGUCACUUAUCACUUCUUCCACUGGAAGAAGGGAACUCCAUUUGCUGAAGAUCAAGGUAUCUAUAAUGGAUUGACUUGGUGGGAGCAGAUAGACAAUGGAAAGCAGCUUACUCGCAAUAGAAAGUUCCUGACUGUCGUACCUGUGGUUCUGUACCUGAUAGCCUCGCAUACAACAGAUUACCAACAUCCGAUGCUUGCUCUCAACACUCUUGCUGUCUUCAUUCUGGUGGUUGCCAAGUUCCCAAACAUGCACAAAGUCCGGAUUUUCGGAAUCAAUGGAGACCAUUGACUUUGGGUUUACCUUGCAAUGAUCAUUCUGGUGGUUGCCAAAGUUCCAUAGGUGCACAAUGUCUCAAUCUUUGGAAUGAAUGCCAGAUCAUUGGGUUUGCCUUUGCCAUAUAUGAAUAGAUACUUUGGUUUUACUUUUGUAGAAGUGUUGAUCUUUUCUACUUGAGAUGGUUAUAUCCCUGUACAGAAGUCUGAACUGGAAAGGGUACUUGUUUCUCCUCUUUGAUAAGUGCGAGUUUUGCAUCAACUGUCUUGACAAAAAACUUUAUCCCCUUUGUUAAAUAUAAAACAAAAAUAAGUGUAUCGAGCCCCUGUUGUACAACUAAGAAUCAGCACAACUUAACGAAGCUUUGUCCCAACUAUUGGAUUUAUAGCUGUACAUUUGAGGAAACUUGUCGAAUUUAGAGAAUUUUUUGC